AUGGAAAAUGUUGUUGCUGCCACAGCCCAUCAUACCACUACAUCAACUGCCGCUACCACUACAACACAGCAGCAUCAACAACAACAACAUCCACACCCCCAAACAGCAACAGUGGCUCCCGGGCCACCCACUGGCGGUGGUGGCAUUUCGCCACCUCCAGUUCCACCUCCUCCAGCAGCGAAGAAGAGUUCAACCACAUUGUCGGUGGAUAGGGCUGCAUUUUUGUUGUUGCGUGUCAAAAAGGCAUUCAAGAGGAAACGCCAACAUCGCAAAGAAAAACAAGCUCAAGCCCUAAAUGCUGCACUCAACAAUCAACAAGGACGACCAGGACGUGGCAAAGUCCCACCACCACUGUUGCGUUCCCGUACAUUGCCGGCAAUAAUAGUGCCAGGUAUACCGGUGGUAUCCUUGCACACCGACAAAUCUCAAUUUCAAUGGGACGAACGCUUUAGCUCUGGUCGAGCCUCAACGUGCAGCGGAAAUCGUUGGUCUUUAUUGACACGUAAUACCACAACAACGCCAACGGCCACCUCGGCCACAGCGGACGAUGGCAGUUUCAUCUAUCGUCGCAAAUCCUCAGGCAGCACACCGCACGGCAGUAGCGGUGCGGCAUUGGCGGAGGCAGCCGCCAUAGCCAGUGGCAAUACAACCGGAACAUCUGGUAGUGGUGGCUCUGGCAGUGCUCAAACACCCGAUGCUUCGAUGGCAUACCGAACAUCGGGCCCAGGACAGACAGCAACUACAUUGGCCGCAACACCCGGAGAUGACUUUGAGAGUUAUGCAGCCGAUGGUUCGGUGUUAUUGAGAAUACCGGCACCACAUGUUGUGGCCGCACGUGCCUAUCGAUUGGCAUCGAAGAAACGUUCCACAUCGAUAUUUGCCUCCACCUCGGGGGCUGCGGCCUCGGGCUCGGAUGGGGCGCGUUAUUCGGCGGAUAAUACGCCCACCUUAGAGACGGGUUGUCAAAUUCCCGGCUUUGGUGGAUGCGGAAGCAAUAGCGGCUGCUCAUCCGACCAAUAUGGCAUCACUGUAUCCGGUUAUUCUUCCAGCUCCACCGUCAGCAGCAGCAACAACACAUCCUCGUCAUCGACAUCGAAUAUAGCCAUAACAAGGCGUUUAGUCAAAUUGCUCCAUCAAUCAAGCUCCAGCAUCUCAUCAAAGUCGCAACAGCAGCAGCAGCAGCAACAACAACAACAGCAGCAAUAUAACCAGCAGCUAUUACAGCAACAGCAAUACCACUAUGAUAUGAACUUUUGUGGCCUGUCUGCUGUUGAAGAUGCUCCACGUCGUCUCUCCUGGGAAAGCACUUCCGAGGGGGGUGGCAGUUCACUAAAGCGACGUUUGGUGUACUCUCUGAAGCCAGCUCAAUCGGCCUUCCUUUGA